AAUUUUUAUUUGGGUCUCACUCCCACAUACACAUUGUAGCAUCAUCUUCCUCAUCCCCAAAAUCCAAAAAUCUCAAAUCCCAAAACCUCGUUCUCACGAGCCAAACCAAUGUGCUUCCAAAGAUUGAACCAUUUCCCUCUCUUCCUAACCUUUUUCCUCCUCUUCCACCAUGCCACUCCAAACCCCAUCAAAACCGUCGUCGUUAUGGUAAUGGAGAACCGCUCCUUCGACCACAUGCUCGGCUGGAUGAAGCGCCUCAACCCCGCCAUCAACGGCGUCACCGGCUCCGAGUCCAAUCCGCUCUCCGUCACCGACCCCAACUCCAAACGCUUUUUCUUCAAAGACCAGGCUCACUACGUCGACCCGGACCCGGGCCACUCCUUCCAGGCCAUCCGCGAACAGAUUUUCGGCUCCAACGACACCUCCGCCAACCCUCCGCCCAUGAACGGCUUCGCGCAGCAGGCCUUCUCCAUGGACAACACCUCGCAUAUGUCCGAGAACGUCAUGAACGGAUUCCUCCCCGACCUCCUUCCGGUCUACAAAACGCUCGUUUCGGAGUUCGCUGUUUUUGAUAGGUGGUUCGCCUCCGUGCCGGCUUCCACCCAGCCGAACCGUCUAUUCGUGCACUCGGCAACAUCAGGCGGCGCCACCAGCAAUGUGGCGGCCAAGCUGGCGGCUGGGUACCCGCAGCAAACGAUCUUCGACAGCGUGUACGAUGCAGGAUUAGACUUCGGGAUAUACUACCAGAACAUCCCCGCCACACUUUUCUACCGGAACCUUCGGAAGCUGAAGUACGUGCUGAAGUUCCACUCUUACGACUUGUCGUUCAAGCUGCACGCCAAAGAGGGGAAGUUGCCGAGCUACACUGUGAUGGAGCAGCGGUACAUGGACACGAAGUUAAUCCCUGCCAAUGAUGAUCACCCAUCGCACGAUGUGUACCAGGGGCAGAUGUUUGUGAAGGAGGUGUACGAGACACUGAGGGCCAGCCCGCAGUGGAACCAGACCCUCUUUCUUAUCACGUACGAUGAACAUGGAGGAUUUUACGACCACGUGCCUACCCCCGCGCGUGGAGUGCCCAGUCCUGAUGGGAUUGUGGGUCCUGAACCGUUUAACUUCACCUUUAAUAGGUUGGGAGUGAGGGUCCCAACCAUUGCUAUCUCGCCUUGGAUUCAGAAGGGUACAGUUGUUCAUGGGCCAAAUGGGUCACCAACUCCUACAUCCGAAUAUGAGCACUCAUCCAUUUCAGCAACAGUGAAAAAGCUCUUCAAUUUGCCUUCAUUUUUGACCAACAGAGAUGCUUGGGCUGGAACCUUUGAGGGCAUUGUUCAGACAAGAACAGAGCCAAGGACAAAUUGCCCAGAGAAACUUCCAACCCCUGUAAAGAUCAGGGAGGGAGGGCCUAAUGAAGAUGCCCAGAUGAGUGAAUUUCAGCAGGAAUUGAUCCAACUUGCAGCAGUGCUUAAAGGAGAUAAUAUCCUCACUAGUUUUCCAGAAAAAUUGUAGACUAAGACAUACCACAGUUUCAGGAACUCCAGGAGGGGGUAAGGAAAGGUUUUUGGGUGGAGGACCUGAGAGAUAAGCUCUCUUGUUAAAACGCCAUUCUCCAAUCUUCCCAUAUGUCAAUUCCCCCUGAAUGGAUAAGUAAUAGGAGUAAAGAUGCAAUUCCUCAUUCACAAAUAAACAAACCUGGAGCAUGAAGUUAUCAUGAAGAACAUGCCGUACACCGUGCAAUGCCGAAGCCACAGCGUAUGCAUACCUGAAUUCAAAAGAGUUAAAGCAGAAAUGAAUAGUGACAGGGAAACAUUCACCCAUGUGGGAGCUAUUUCCUCCAGCAAGGACUGAUGUUAAAAAAAAUCAGUUCCUCUAUAGAAGCUAUCAUGCUUUGUAAUAACUAUAACUGUUAACUAUAUUGAUUGAAAAUUCACCUUCUGAAUGAUUACAGGAGAAUUUCCAAUGGGGUCAAUAUCUGUAAUAGGACCAUUCGCCUUAGGGUAGAAUUUUCUAAUUAUUUUUUCAUGUUUAUCUGGUUUUAUGUAGAAAAAUGGAUACCCUGCUGGUUGAUUUCCAUUAGCCAAAUUAGGCAAAGGUUUUACAAA